UAGAUUCUUGUUUGGGAAAAUCCCGUCCGUGGACCAUGUAUUAAGACACUAUACGUCCGACGAUCAAUCACAGUAGCAACUCGAAUAUUACUUGUCAGUUUUUCAUCGUCCGCUAAACUCGUUACUCGUCUUGUGAAAAACACUAUACACUCAUCACUAGCCAACAAUCAACAUGAACCGUCUGUCAAUUGUUUUGGUUAUUGCAUGUGUCAGUUACUCACUGGGUGCACCGGAAAACAUUGAAUCGCACGGUGCAGACAUAAAUCAUGACUUAGAGCACAGCAGUGAACAUGAACUUGAGAAACAGAAUGGAUAUGGAGACGGAAAUGUAAACAGUGAUCAACCUGCACCAGAAAAUCCAAUACAAGUUUUCUGUCAAAAAAAAAAAAAACCUGUGUUGCCUGGCGGUAAUGGAAAGCCAAGGAAUCGUGGAGAAUUGUGUGCUGCAUUGUGUAGAAGAGCUUGUGCUUUUGGAUUGGAAACUAGUAAAUGUGUAAAUUGUAUGAGUGGAUGUCUCAAUUGAUGAAAAUAGAGGAUGUAUGGAGUAUAAUUAUUAUAGGGAUGGAUGGUAUAACGAACGUGAAAUUACAAAAAAAAAAUUUUGUAAAAAAGCUCGGGUUUCGGGAUUAUCAUGAAUGUUUUAAAUGUAUGUCUACAUUAAAAUAAUGUAAUUUGAUAUAAUUAAAUUGUAAAAUUUAAUUAGAUUUUGGAUUUUAAAUAUACAAUUUUUGUGAAUUUAUUUGUAUACGAAGAAUGCAAUUAUAUAGUCAAUUAAUUUAAUUUUAUGCAAUUUGAUUGUAGAAAUCAUGAUAAUUUGUACUGAGAUGUAUGCAAAUUAAAUUUGAUACAUUUUUGUUUAUGUAAUUUUGUAUAUUAUAUUAUAUUUUACAUAACAUAUGUUUUUUACGUCUGUUUUGGCCAUGAGAUCCGAAGCAGUCUUAUUGCCCUUGUGUUUCGGGAUCGCAAACAAGUGAAUGUUUUAAAUGUAUGACUGUAUGUCUACUUUAAAAUAACGUAAUUUGAUAUAGUUAGAUUAUUGUAAAACGUAUGUAGAUUUAGGAUUUUAAAUAUUCAAUUUUUGUGAAUUUUUUUGUAUACGAAGAAUGCAAUUUUGUAGUUAAUUAAUUUAAUUUUAAGCAAUUUGAUAAUUUGUACUGAGAUGUAUGCGAAUUUAAUAAAUUUUUGUUUAUGUAA